UCGUUCAGAGGUAUUUAUACAGUAUAAACACUGGAUAUUUCGCGACUUCUUAUUUCUUUUUCCGUAGUUCCUGAACAUCUUCUGAAGGCGAUAUCCCCACAAGAGGUAGAAGGGUUCGUCUACAGACUGACAGAAAGACAUUGCAAGAGGCUUGCUAAGGCCGUAGGAAUCACCGAUGAGAAUAGAAUCGCCACCAUCAUGGACGAAAACAAUGAAGAUCUUGUUCUCAUUCAGUCAAUGGUCAACGACUGGAUAGACGGACAGGAAUGCUGCAACUUCGAGAAGAGAUGCAGGCUUGAUGAUGCCACCAUUAAAAUUGGCCGCCAUGAUUUGACGGAUUCAUUUGGGACAACCAGCUUCCGGGUUGAAACAGGAGGUAUUUUUGAAAGACCACAUCCCAGAGCCGAGACUUUCAAUAGCAGCAGUAUAUUCGAUGACGAUCUGGCAUCUGUGCUGAAGCAUCUUCCUACAUGUGCGACACCGUUGUUUCUUGAGAAGCUAGGCAUUUCAGUUGACGAGCAAGGUGACGAUUUGAAGAAGCUGCGAUGUUGGAGAGACCAAAAUAUCAACGAAUCUAACAGACAUACCCUGCAGGACCUUGUUUUGAUUCAUAGUUAUGCAUUGAAGGAGACGAAUGACAGUCAUGGUAAUUGUCUGAAAAUAGAUAUAUUUGACGUGAGCGAUGAUGAACUUGAGAACCUGAUUGGAAGCAUGACCUCCAGGAAACAAGUGGAAGAACUUACCUCAAGACUCGGGAUAAAACUCGACAAGGAACAAUCACCUCUACUAAAGCUCAAAGAAUUAUUUGACGUGAGCGAUGAUGAACUUGAGAACCUGAUUGGAAGCAUGACCUCCAGGAAACAAGUGGAAGAACUUACCUCAAGACUCGGGAUAAAACUCGACAAGGAACAAUCACCUCUACUAAAGCUCAAAGAAUGGAGGAAUAAAUGUAAUGGAGACGAACGCCGUGAAACGCUGAGAAAAGCUCUCCAUGCUAUGGAAUUAUCAGGAUGCAUCGUUGACCACCUUCCUGCAAAACAUGUUGACCAAGCUGAGCUGGUACGUUUGGCAUGGACGUUGUUUUCUAUCGACGUAUGGCCAUUGGCAACGCUUCUUGAUAUAGACAUCAACAAAGGGAAAACGGUCGGAGAACCACAAAUGAGGGGAACUGUACAUCUUCUGAAUCAACUAUUGGAGAAGUCGAAGGGUCUUGAUGAGCAUCGCCGCCGUGAUUUCUGUAUUGCCAUUAGAAAUCUUGGUUACUUGGAUGUUGCUCGAUCAGGAUAUUUUGGUAAGGAACAUUAA